AUGGAUAUAUAUAGAGUGAUUAAAAAAAUAUAUAAUUCUAAUAUAACCAAUUCCCUUAUUAGUAGUAUAUGUGGAACAUUGGCUUCUGCCUUUUUUAAAAAAGCAUCAGAUAUUUCUAUUCUUAAACAAAAUUAUCAUUUAAUAAAUGCCACAUGGAUUAUAGAAUUUCUCUUACGAUUAAUAUAUUUUUUUUUAUUUAUUAUAUUUAAUUUGUUAAUGAUUAAAUAUUACGUAAUACUGAUGAAGCAUUAUUCAGCUUUUUUGGCAACCAUCUUUAACUUUUCUUUUAAUUUUUUUCUUACUGCUAUAUUCGGAGUGAUAUUUUUCCAUGAACAGAGAAAUGCUUAUUGGAUUUUAGGAGGGGUGUUUAUCAUUAUAGGCUUAAUUCUUAUUAUGACAGACUCUAUAAAUAAAGAAAAAAAAAAUGAAUAA